GCAACAUUUACAGAGGGCAGCCGCUCAAUAUCAGGGUGACCGUGCCCGGGAUGAUGGUGUCGCUCACGGGGUCAGCGCUGCUUCUCCUAUACGGAUUGUUCGCACCGCUCUACUUGGUCAAGGCUUUUGGCGAUGAGGUGGAGGAGAAUACCUGCGACCCGAUCCGGAUCAGCAUGUGCCAGGGUCUGGGUUACAACGUCACCAAAAUGCCCAACCUUGUCGGCAACGUGCUGCAGUCGGACGCAGAGCUGCAGCUGACCACGUUCACGCCGCUCAUACAGUACGGCUGCUCAAGUCAACUCAAGUUCUUCUUGUGCUCAGUUUAUGUGCCGAUGUGCACAGACAAGGUUCCCAUCCCCAUUGGUCCGUGUGGCAGCAUGUGUCUGUCUGUCAAGAGAAAAUGCCUCCCCGUGCUCCACGAGUUUGGUUUCAUAUGGCCUGAGGUGCUCAAUUGCAGCCUCUUCCCACCUCAAAAUGACCACAACCACAUGUGCAUGGAGGGUCCAGGGGAUGAAGACCCACCUUACCAGCCUGUUCGCCAUCCUCCCCACCAAGAGGAGUGUCAUGCCCUGGGAUCUGCACCUGACCAAUAUACCUGGCUUAAGCAGACUGAAAGCUGCACGCUGCAGUGCGGCUAUGACAGCGGGCUCUACAGGCGAGGGGCCAAAGUGUUUACGGACGCGUGGAUGGCGGUGUGGGCUGUGCUGUGCUUCCUGUCAACCACUCUGACAGUCCUGACCUUUCUCUUGGAUUCUCAGCGUUUCUCCUACCCUGAAAGGCCCAUCAUUUUUCUCUCCAUGUGCUGUAAUCUGUACAGUGUAGCCUACCUGGUUCGACUUACUCUUGGGAGGGAACGUGUUUCCUGUGACCUGGAUGCAACAACAGUACCAAUUCUGGUACAAGAAGGAUUAAAGAGCACUGGUUGUUCCAUAGUCUUCCUCCUUCUUUAUUUCUUUGGCAUGGCGUCCUCUCUCUGGUGGGUAAUCCUGACCCUCACCUGGUUCUUGGCUGCAGGACUAAAGUGGGGCCACGAGGCCAUAGAAAUGCACAGCUCCUAUUUCCACAUAGCUGCAUGGGCCAUUCCAGCGGUUAAAAUUGUCAUCCUCAUCAUGAGACUGGUUGAUGCAGAUGACCUGACUGGGCUCUGCUAUGUUGGCAACCAGCAGCAGGAAGCACUCACAGGCUUUGUGGUUGCACCAUUGGCCACGUACCUUCUUAUAGGUAAUUACAGCAUAAUAACACUAUUUCUCUGUGCAGGCCUUGUGGCUCUUUUCAAGAUUCGCUAUCUGCAGAAGGACUGUGCCAAAACAGACAAGCUGGAGCGUUUAAUGGUGAAGAUUGGAGUGUUUUCUGUUCUUUACACAACCGUUCCAGCAUCCACUGUUAGCUGUUAUCUCUACCAGCUCUCUAACUGGGGGGAUUUCAGGGCCAGCACCCUAGACUCAUAUGUAGCAUCAGAGAUGCUUCGAAUCUUCAUGUUCACUGCUUGUGGGCAUCACAUCAGCAUGUGGAUCUGGUCAGCAAAAACCCUCCACACCUGGCAGCGCUGCUCUGCGCGCCUGCUCAGAGACAGCAGGGCGAGCCGAGGCGGCAAGAGGGCACCGGGCGAGAGCUGGAUCAAACCAGGGAAAGGAAACGAGACAGUGGUCUGAGGAGAAAGAAAGAGAAUGGACAGGAAUGGAGUUCUGCUUGUUUCUCUCUCAUGUACAGAAACUCACUCUGACAAAUGAAGAAUGUAAGGUCAGAGAAUCAAGAGAUGAGGAGGGGAUCGCAGGAACGUAGCAGGAAUAUCACCAAAACAGCCUCUGGAUGUAAUUGCAUCAUAAAGUAAAGACAGUCCAUGACCAUGUGCCUCUAUGAAGGAGAAAAGACAAGAGUCAUAAAUUAGUAGCAACAUAGCCUCUCGACCUUGAUGGACUUGUGUUGCUCAGAGAGGUGGAGAAAGCAAAACAAAUUAAGGGAAAAGAGAGAUGGAAAAGGCAGAACAGAAGCAUCAAUAUGCAGACCAGACCCCAAUAAGCUGUAAAGCACCACGUCUACCUCUCUGUCUCUCUUUCUCCAGAGCCCUCAGCAGAAGAGACUAAACCAGCUGAAUACAGAAUAACCCUUAUGCCAUUGUGCCCUUUUAGGGUCUUCUUCAAGUUUUAAAUUUACACUGGAGCAGGUAUCAUACAGGUGUGGUCUGAAGUUCCUAAAAGCACCUGACACCUUUAAAACCCCCUCACAUUGAAAGUAUCAGACAAAGUGUACUGAGAAUUUGAAACAACUGCCUUAUAGCUGCAGUUUGGUUAUAUUUUUCAGCUUUUUGGGGAAUUAUACUUUUUUCAGUACAAGAGAACAGUUUGUUUUAUUCUCAGAAUUUUUGGGAAACCAGCUCUAAGCUGUUUUAUGCACUAUAGAGAUAUAAUAUGUGAAGGGUUGGGACAGCAGUUGUAGGACUGAAGGCAAUCAUAACGACACAUUAUACGCACAGCCUCAUUAACAGGGAGAGUUUAGUCUGAUGUCGGGGCAAAAAACCCCCAUACAUUCUGAAGUAGUCACCACACCACACUGAUUCCUGGUAGUACCAGCUGUGAGUUUUAUUGCCCCAUAAAUUUGGAAGUGCUAAGGCGUCUUGGGAAAUGAAGGAAUUUGUGUUUUUCUACGAAGAGCUCAGCUAAUUUCCCAGUGAUGUAUAUGGUCUUCCUGGAGGCCCUGUACUGAAUAUAUUCUUGAGUCAACCGAAAAUUCAGGAAAUUAAAUUAUUCCAUCUGUCCAUAUCCAAAUUUUGGCUCUAUGACAGGCUAAAUAUGAAAGAAUUAGAGGUUAUUAGACAAUCACUUGCCAGAAUACGCAUUCUGCAACAGCAAAGGACUGUCACAGAGAUGUGCAUGUGCACAUAUUACUGCCAAAAUGUUUGGCAAUAAAAGUAAAGUGAGGAUGCAAAAAUAAUGCAUCCAAUCAUUCAUUUAAAAUUUUCACUUUACUUGAUAAAAAAGUGCAGCUAACAGGAAAAGUUGAUUCAAUAUUUGGUGUGGGCCCACAAUGAGUAGCUGUGGGUGAAUUGUGUGGGCAGUGCAAACCCAUGUGUGCCCCACGUGGGUGAACCCACACAGGGCCCAUAGCGGUUUCGUCCUUUGGGGCCCUUAUAUGGGUUUUCUAUGGUCAAGCCCACAAAACCCCCCAAAAACAUACGGGGUCCGUGUACACUAACUCAUGGAGCGCAUAGCAAUUUUGCCCCUUUGGGCCUCAAGAGGAAAUUCUGUGGGUACCCCACUGCUGGGUGCCCAUAGAAAACCCAGCUGGAGCCCAUGUAGGCUAGGUCAUGUGGGGCAAAGAGUAGUUCUGCCUUUUUGGGCCCCCAUGAGGGUUUUCUUUGGGCAACCCAUAUUUAGCUUGCCUUAAAGAAAACCCUCAUUGACCGCUUGUGAGUUAGCUCAUGCAGGCACCGUAGUAGUUUUACUUCUCAGGGCCUUCAUGAUGGUCUUCUGUGGGCAACCCAUAGUGGGCUUCAUCCACAGGUCCACAGUGGCCCCCAUAUGUGCCCCAAGUGGGCAUGUGUGUUGGGUAAAAGUAUAGUUAUGUGCAGCCCAUGCUGCUUGAUGGUGCAUGCCAUACCAUAGUUCUUCAAUUGAUUUUAACUUUUUAUGAUUGUUUCUGUCUAAUCACAUAGUUCCUGAAUGGCUCCAUGAUGUGGUGGUCAGAGCUCUGUGUGGGCCAUGCCAUCUGUUGCAAUUUUUCUAGCCACUGAUGAUAGUCCUUUGUGACUCUGGUUGUGUUACUGCAGACUGAAUGCAGGACUGGUAAAUGCCUGACCUGAUAUUUUGUGAUUUAAUAAGAAUUUGAACAUUCAUAUGACUCUCUUUCCACAAAUCCCAUCCACUGCCCCACUUAUGACAAUGUUAUUUUCAUUGUCAGGAAGUCAUUGUGGAAACAGUACAAUGAAACUGGCACUAUAAGGUAAUGUGUCUGCCUCUCUCUGCCUAGUCUGUGUGUUUUUUAAGGUUAAUUUCCCAGACAAUCAAGCCCUCAGAAAGAGAUUGUUCAAAUUUUCAUGGAUGAUCGAGACAAGAUUUCCAGUUAUUGUCUCUCACACUGGAGUUCUUUUCAGUGACUGUAAGAUUUAACUAGAGUACGUUUCUGGGCCUGACUAAUCCAGUCUUACAGCUGUAUUUACCAAAUUUUGAAACUGUUCCUGUGUACCGUAUAGUUGCCUGACAAUCUUUCCAGCAAAGUUCUUGCAUUUCAGUGAGUCUUUAUACAGUAUCUGCAGUAUAUUUGUGUGUAUCACGUCUAUAUUUGAGAAGAAACAUCAUGGAAAAUCAUGUUUUCAACAACUGAAAUGUACAACUGAAGCUUUGUCUUCCUGUGUGUCAUCUGUAACUUAAUAGUGCCUCACACAUACUCCUGUUUUUUGGCUGAAUGUUUGGAAUUGGACAGAAAAUCAUUUUGGGGCCUUCCAUUUCCCUGAAAUAAGUUAAAUAUGAGUCUUUUUGCAUUAAGAGACAACGUUUGAUGGUUGUGGUGAAACCUAGACCCCCCCACCAAAAAAAAAGCGUUUCUCAAAUCAGCGUACCCUGGCACAUUUAUUACGUUUCCAAAGUCAAACAGACAUUACAUUCACUUAAAGUGAAUUAAAUUAACCUCUGACCACCUCCCCUCUGAGCUAAUGUAGUUUCCCUGGAAAUGUUUUGGCCGUCUUUCUUAUAACCACACCGAGCUUCAGGUGACAUUUCCAAACAAUCACAGAAUGUGCCUUGAAACCCAGCGCCUGCGUGCCAAGCUUAAUAAAGAUUGAGAACCACUGAUAAUGCCGAUUUGUUAAAUGUUUGCUAGAAACCCAGAUAUGAAUGACUGCUGAGGUCAGUUCACCAGCACUGAUUGCAGCCUUUAAGGUCUGGACUGACCCCUGUGUAGAGAAGUAAUUGUCUUGACAGUGUCAUCAAUGCUUUAUUAUGAAAUUGCUAAUUUAUCCUUGUAAAAAAAAAAAAAAAAAAAAAAGAAAGAAAGAAAAAGAAAAAACAUGACAGCAAAUUUUAAAAUGUGUUUGUUAUUUAAAAAACAAUUUUGUAUCAAAAGAAGAAUUAAAAAGUUUUUGGUUUCCAGUAUGCUGAUGCAGUUAUGUGUGUGCCUCUGCAGCUAUAUUUGCAUUUGAUGAGUCUUGAUUUCAUUGCAGCAACUGAGUAAUGUUUUUAUUUCUGUGAC